UUUAUACUAGUCAUAUAUUUUGAUGAAUAUGAAUUUCGAGAAAGAUGAAUAGAUCAGAGAGACAGACACCGAGAAAGACGUUUCCUGAUUUUUCUGAACAUUUCUCGUCACUAUGACCUUGUUAGUGGCUUGAAUCUCUACCUCUCUUGAAAUCUUGAUAAAACAUUCCUUGGUCUUAUGGGUUUAUAAUCACAUUCUCUGUUCAUUCACAGAGCAAGGAGCUUUUAGUCUUUUCAUGGAUGAUACCAUGGCUUACUCCUCUGCAGUAUUCAAGUCAGAGAAUGAGGAUCUAAGAACUGCACAAAUGAGAAAAAUAACUCUUUUGAUUGAAAAGGCAAGGAUAGAGAAGAAUCAUGGGGUCUUAGAGCUAGGAUGCGGAUGGGGAACUUUGGCCGUAGAAGUUGUGAGAAGAACUGGAUGCAAAUACACUGGCAUUACUCUAUCUAUUGAACAGCUUAAAUAUGCAGAAGCCAAAGUGAAAGAAGCUAGACUUGAGGAUCGGAUUACAUUUAAGCUUUGUGAUUAUCGCCAACUAUCUGAUGCUCAGAAAUAUGACAGAAUCAUAGCUUGCGAGAUGAUAGAAGCGGUUGGCCAUGAGUUCUAUGAAGCGUUUGUCAGCUGCUGUGAAGUUGCGCUUGCAAAAGACGGCAUUUUUGUCAUGCAGUUCACAGCUGUACCUGAAGAGCUUUACGAUGAGACCAGACUAAGUUCAGGUUUCAUAACGGAAUACAUAUUUCCAGGUGGCUGUCUUCCUUCUUUAGCCAGAGUUACUUCAGCCAUGUCCUCCUCCUCUAGGCUAUGUAUUGAAGACGUCGAGAACAUUGGGAUUCAUUACUACUAUACACUGAGAUGUUGGAGGAAGAGAUUCUUGGAGAACCAAAAACAAAUCAUGGAGCUUGGAUUCGAUGAUAAAUUCAUAAGGACAUGGGAGUAUACACAUACAAUACACAAUAUCAUUAGUGUGCAACGGAAGGGGACAAGAAAAAAGAGGAAGACUAAAAAACACCAAGAGCAAAAUGUUUUUUUGAUUUACAGGAUAAAAAUGGAAGGAGACAAUUCUCUAGGUUACUUCAUCCAUUGUCAUGAACCAUGGUUUUCAAAGAGAUUCAAAAUAAGUAUUGGGUUUAUUUUGUUUUUGAGAUUGAUGUUUUUGUAGAGGAUGAGUAAUGGGAAGUAUAAGAGUGCAGAGCAUAGAGCCACGAUGGAUAAAGAGAAGACUAGAAUGUCAUGGCCUGUUUUUGUGGAAUCUAGCCUUGAUCAUGAGUUUGGACCUUUGCCGGAACUGAUAACCGGCGACCAUAAUUGAUGCAGAUAAAUAUUUGGAAUAUUUUCAAAUAUUUUAUUGUUUAUUUUAUUAAUUAUAUUAAUUUAGAUAGUUAUCUUUAUUGUUUUAGGGUUUUAUGGUUUUAUUAUAUUUAGCCGUCUAGGCUUUAAAUUUGUAUAAAGUUUAUGAUUUGAUUAAUAAAAGUUAAGAGAUUUCUCUUUA